UGCGUUUUCAAAAUAUUCUUCACUCUACCUUCACUCCUUGUAAGGUAGACAGUUCCGCUUUAGUUCAAUUUUCGACAAAAGUGAAAAACUCCGGCAAAAUGAGCGACAAGAAAAAUCUUCUUUUGCUGUUCGACCGCCCUCAGGAGCCGGUUUUCAUGCCCAAAGGCGACCAGAAAAAAGCUUUUGCCGUUCCACCUGAAUACUUGAGCGACAAGUACAGGCCAAUCGGCACCCAAGUGACCAGCCGCUUUGGCGAAGAAGCCAAUGAGCGAAUUUCGGUGAACCGAAUUUCCAUUCCCCCAUUGGGCGAAGUUCUGGAACUUCCAAGAGACACCAACUUCUCCUUGUUCAUCCCCAAACAUCGCCGCAUCGCUGGAAGACUGAUCGACAUUUUCCUCGGCGUUCGCAAUGUGGACGAUCUGCUGGCUGUCGCUGUUUAUGCAAGGGAUCGCGUCAACCCCUACUUGUUCAACUAUUCGCUAUCGGUUGCUCUUCUACACAGAGCCGACACUCAAGAGCUGGACAUUCCAUCCAUCAUCCACUCGUUCCCGGAUAAAUAUGUUGAUAGCAAAGUCUUCUCCCAAGCGCGUGAAGAUGCCAAUGUGGUUCCCGAGGGAAGCAGGACCCCCAUCGAAAUCCCCAAGGAUUUCACCGCUUCCGACUUGGAGGAAGAACAUCGCUUGGCCUACUUCCGCGAAGACAUCGGCCUGAAUCUUCACCACUGGCAUUGGCACUUGGUGUACCCUUUUGAAGCAGCCAGAGUGAUUGUGGACAAGAACCGAAGAGGAGAGCUGUUCUACUACAUGCACCAGCAAGUCAUAGCCAGGUACAACCUGGAGCGCUUUAGCAACAAAAUGAAGCGCGUGGAGAGGUUCAUCGACUGGAAAGCGUCCAUUAAGGAGGCCUACUUCCCCAAGCUGGACAGUUUAGUGGCAAGCCGCUCGUGGCCUGCCAGAGUAACUGGGCAAAAGCUUCAGAACAUCCGGAGAGAUGUUGAUGGCCUUAUUAUUGAUGUGGACGACCUUACCAGGUGGAGGGACAGGAUUUAUGACGCCAUUCACUCGGGGGUUGUCACCGAUAGGCAAGGAAAAACCAUCCCUUUGACUGAGAAUGAAGGCAUUGACAUACUGGGCAACAUGGUGGAGUCUAGCAUCCUGUCCCCGAACAGGGAGUUUUAUGGGGACAUGCACAACUCCGGCCAUAUCCUGCUGUCGUACAUCCACGAUCCAGACCACAGGCACCUGGAAUCCUUUGGAGUGAUCGGGGACUCAGCCACUGCCAUGAGAGACCCAAUCUUCUACCGCUGGCACGCUUUCAUCGACGAUCUCUUCCAGGAGUUCAAGUCCUCCCUACCCAGAUACACUGAGAACCAGCUCAAUAAUCCUGGAGUGACCGUCCAAGGGGUCGAGGUGGAAGUACAAGGCAGCCAAACAAACGUGUUGCAGACCUACUGGCAGCAGUCCGAUGUUGAUUUAUCCAGAGGCAUGGACUUCCAGCCUCGUGGAGCUGUUUUCGUUCGCUUCACUCAUCUUCAACAUGCACGAUUCACAUACAAAAUCCAAGUUCAAAGCAAUCAGGUGCGGGAAGGGACCUGUCGAAUUUUCCUGGCUCCCAAGUUCGAUGAAAGGGGCAACCCUUGGCUGUUCAGAGAUCAAAGGCUGAUGUUUAUCGAGUUGGACAAGUUUAAAGUCAAUCUUAAGCAGGGCCAAAACACGAUUACCCGAAACUCUGGAGAUUCGUCUGUGACUAUUCCCUUCGAACGGACAUACAGGGAUCUGGACACGUCCCGUCCCCAAGGAGGCGAUCAGUUGGCCCAAUUCAACUUCUGCGGCUGCGGAUGGCCGGAUAAUCUUCUUAUUCCCAAGGGCAGUGCUGAGGGCUUGCCAUGCCAAUUGUUUGUGAUGAUUUCCAAUAUCAAUGACGACAGGAUCAAUCAAGAUGCUUCUGGUCAAUGCAAUGACGCUGACUCCUACUGCGGCAUCAAGGAUAAGCUGUAUCCAGAUAGGCGCUCAAUGGGAUAUCCGUUCGAUAGAAUGCCCAGGAAUGGUGUGGAUAGUUUGCAACAGUUCCUCACCUCCAACAUGCGAGUCCAGGACGUUUCCAUUCAGUUUCUGAAUAAAACGUUUAAGCCGCGCCAGGUUUAACCAGGAGCUGAUUUUAAGAAACCGCUAUUUCCAUGUAACUCUAACGCUUGCCGAAGUUAAAUAAAGCGCAUUUUAUUGUC